CUGGAGUGGCCAGCUCUUUGUAACUGAAGCAAACCGAGGGUGCUCGCUGGUCCGGCCCCUUGGGGCCCCCCCGAUGGCAGGCAGAUGGCUGGAUCUGCGCUGGGCACCUGGCUUCCUCUGUAUGCCUCUGAUAAUGGAGAUGGCAUCUGGGGCCAGAGACCCAUCCACAAAGGCCCAUGAGCACAUCCAGUUUGGGGCCCCAGGUGUCAACCUGACUGCCAUGGCAGACUGCCGCGCCGUGUGUAGCCUGAACACUUCUGACCGCUGCGACUUUAUCAGGAUGAAUCCCGACUGCCACAGUGAGGGGGGCUACCUGGACUACCUCGAGGGCAUCUUCUGUCACUUCUCCCCUAACCUUCUCCCUCUGGCCAUCACUCUCUAUGUUUUCUGGCUUCUUUACCUCUUUCUGAUCCUGGGAGUCACCGCAGCCAAGUUCUUCUGUCCUAAUUUGUCAGCCAUCUCCACCAAUCUCAAGCUCUCCCACAACGUGGCAGGUGUCACCUUCUUGGCGUUUGGGAACGGUGCCCCAGAUAUCUUCAGCGCCCUUGUGGCUUUCUCAGACCCACGCACUGCUGGCCUGGCCAUCGGGGCUCUGUUUGGCGCAGGGGUGCUGGUCACCACUGUGGUGGCCGGGGGCAUCACCAUCCUGCAUCCCUUCAUGGCUGCCUCCAGGCCCUUCCUCAGGGACAUCUCUUUCUAUAUGGUGGCUGUGUUCCUAACCUUCACUGCGCUCUAUCUCGGCAGGAUCACACUGGCAUGGGCACUGGGUUACCUGGGUCUCUACGUGUUCUAUGUGGUCACGGUCAUCCUCUGCACUUGGGUCUACCAGCGGCAGCGUAGCAUGUCUUUGGUCCACUCCAUGCCUGAGACGCCAGAGAUGCUGUCUGAUUCAGAAGAGGACCAGGUGUCUUCCAACACCAACAGCUAUGACUAUGGAGAUGAAUACCGGCCUCUGUUGCUGGGUCAGGAGACCACUGCCCAGAUCCUGAUCCAAGCCCUGAAUCCCUUGGACUACAGGAAGUGGAGGACCCAGUCCAUGUCCUGCAAGCUCCUGAAGGUGGUCAAGUUGCCUGUGGAGUUCUUGUUACUGCUCACAGUACCCGUCGUGGACCCCGACAAGGAUGAUCGAAAUUGGAAGCGGCCACUCAACUGUCUGCAGCUGGUCAUCAGCCCCCUGGUCCUGGUCCUGACCCUGCAGUCGGGGGUCUAUGGCAUCUAUGAGAUCAGCGGCCUCCUUCCUGUCUGGGCUGUGGUGGUGAUCGUGGGCACAGCCCUGGCCUCAGUGACUUUCUUUGCCACUUCUAACAGAGAGCCCCCUAGACUGCACUGGCUCUUUGCUUUUCUGGGCUUCCUGACCAGCGCCUUGUGGAUCAACGCAGCUGCCACUGAGGUGGUGAACAUCUUGCGGUCCCUGGGCGUGGUCUUCCGUCUGAGCAACACUGUGCUAGGACUCACCCUCCUGGCCUGGGGGAACAGCAUUGGAGAUGCGUUCUCAGAUUUCACACUGGCCCGCCAGGGCUACCCUCGGAUGGCAUUCUCCGCCUGUUUUGGUGGCAUCAUUUUCAACAUCCUGGUGGGCGUAGGACUAGGCUGCUUGCUGCAGAUCGCCCGGAAUCAUGCUGCAGAGGUGAAGCUGGAGCCAGAUGGACUGCUGGUGUGGGUGCUGGCCAGUGCCCUGGGGCUCAGCCUGGUCUUCUCUCUGGUCUCCGUCCCACUUCAGUGCUUCCAGCUCAGCAAGGCCUAUGGCCUCUGCCUGCUCCUCUUCUAUGUCACUUUCCUUGUUGUGGUCCUACUCACGGAAUUUGGGGUGAUUCACUUGAAGAGGGUCUGACUGACUGAAGCUGCUUGGCCUGGGGGUUUAGGGGUGAUUCCCCUAGCCUCCUGAUGGGAGAACUGGAGGGGGAACCCUCUGUAGUUCCCAUGUGGCUCCCGAGAAGGUGGUCCGUCACUGCCAGGGCAGAGUUCCAUGUGGACCGGAAGGUCCUGACUGCCGGCACCCAACAGCCUUAUUGUGGGGAUUUGGAGGCUGGCUAUACUGGGGACCACCCCAGGUGGCCAGGACCGGACUUUGACUGACUGCAGAGGCCCCGGAGAGGGCAGCCUGUCAGCCCCCAUCACUGCUGGGCUUUGGGUAGCCCCGUACCUCUCCCUCUUACGCUCUCCCACACCAGUGUUACAGUCAAAGGAAACAGGUCAAGUUAAGUGUUAACAGUCAGAGGAUACAGGUCAAGUGAAAGGUUGUACACGGUACUGAGCCAGCUGGCUCAGAACCACCUGGGCCCUGCCCUGCCCACCGAGUGGCUGCCACAUUGGAUUGUGGAUCUGGACUCUUCUAGAAUUUUGUGUCCAGAACUCUGGCUCCCCAACCUACAAAACAGGAGCCAGCUUGGGUCCUGUGCCUACCUCAAGGGGAGCCAGGGGGAGGGCCCCUCCACAGGGGCUUCUUACAAGUGGUGUGACCAGCCUUUUUAAAAUGCCACUCACUCCCCAGACUGCUUUCAGCUGUAAUUAAGAGACUUGAUUGUUGUUUUGUUUU